CUGCGACGAUAGCGAGGCCUGUUUCCUGCGACAUGAGCUCCGACAUUGUUUGUUUUCGACCUGAAACGGACGCCUCUUGUUUCCAAAAGAUGAUCAAGAUGACGAUAACGAGAGUUAUUUUGGCUCUUUGUUGGAUGACAAGCGCAAAUGCAGCACGCCACCACCUCACCUACAUUACAACUGCAUCAUCUGGAGUUACGAGCUUCCCAGAGUAUGUGGCGGUUGGUAUGAUGGACGGUGUCGUGAUCUAUCGCUACGACAGCAACAACGAGAAAGCAGAGCCCAGACAGGACUGGAUGUCUCAACAGAGUUCUGAAAAUUUGGAAUAUUUAAACUUUAACACGAGGAGGUGCAAGAUAAACCAGGAGCGUGCCAAGAACAGAGUUAUCUAUCUUAAAGAGAGAUUCAACCACACUGGAGGUGUCCACAUUGUCCAGUGGAUUUACGGCUGUGAGUGGGAUGAUGACGAGACUGUGAAGCCCAGAGGUCAUUAUCAGCUCGCGUAUGAUGGAGAAGACUUUCUGUUGUUGGACCUGGAGACUCAGACAUGGGUCGCUGCAAAACAGCUGGCAGGCAACAUAAAAGACCCGUGGGACAAAGAUCAAGAUCUUACCGAAUAUAAUGACUUCUACAUGAACCAGUACUGUCCUAAGUGGGGGAAGAAGCUUCUGGACCAGGGGAAGAGCUCCCUCCUAAGAACAGAGCUUCCAUCAGUGUCUCUCCUCCAGAAGACUCCGUCCUCUCCCAUCGUCUGCCACGCUACAGGCUUCUACCCUCCACGAGCCAAGUUGUUCUGGACCAAAGGCGAAGAGAUUAUCAAAGACAAUUAUGCAGAGGUCCUCCCCAACCAUGAUGGAACCUACCAGAUGAGGGCCCGGCUGAAACUGCCAGACCUGUCUGAAACCUGGGAGAGCUUCACCUGUGUGUUCCAGCUUGAUGGCACGAACCUAACCACCAAACUUGACAAGAAGGCCAUUUUAAUCAAAUGGAAGCCGGACCAAACCAUCCCCAUCGCUGUCUCAGUGGCUGCUCUUGUUCUGCUUGUCGCUGCUGCUGCUGUUAUUGGAGUGGUCAUGAGGAGAAGAGCAGGCAAAAGUGCAGAAACUGACUCCAACAGUUCUGAGGAGGCUCUGAAUCCACUGAAUCGCCUGACUAAAGCUCCUGCACAUGUUGGUUUAGACAUGAGUCCUUCAGACCUGUUGGUGGAACCCCAGCCUGAAGCAACAUGAGCAUGAAGGAGUGUUGCAAGGAAAGAAGAGUGGAGCAUUGUGUGGCUGCAGCUAUCGACUAUGCUCUAAUCUUGAGCUUCCUGACUGACACACACACACAAACACACAUCAGUGACCACAUACUCAACAUGUUAAACCACACUGUUACAAAACAAAAACAAAAGAACAAAUAUACAGACCCUGUUCUACACAGUUCUACAGGGUCUGUAAUAAAUUGUCACUGAUUUAUUCAGGGAGUGCUUGGAACUUUGUACAGCCUACCUUUUACAGUCAUCUGUGCAGUAGCAACGCUACAUUAAACCCUCAACCUUCCAUUACUUAAAGAUUUGUAAUAAUUGAGGCGUAACUAGAAGGCAAACAGACACAGAGGGUAGAUGCAGGUGUAUUUACCAGUUGAGAAGCCGUUAACCAGCUCAGUAACAUCUCACUGGUGCUGUAGUUUAUAUUUUCCUCAAGCUGCUCCACCUGGAUUGUUAAAAACAAAAUAAGGAACUGACUAGUUUGUGUUCUGUGAUUUGUGAAUGAAGACGUCUAAUAUUUCCAUCUCAUGUUUUAGUCCUUUCACCUCCGUUCAACUUCGUGCCCAUGAAAACAGCACCUGAUGGAGUAUUACACACAGUUCACCUGUGAUCCCAAGAGUUUUACUUCAGUGUUAUUUAUCACAGUGCUUGGUGAACAUGUCUGUAGUUCUCACAACUGACAAACCUUCAUUUCAUACAUAUAUUGAAUGUAACUCUUGAUGCCUAAAAGGUGAACAACGUGCACUAUAUGCUACAUAUGCAACAUACAGUACGCAGUGUUUUUAUACAGCAGAUAUGCUUGAGCUCCAGGCCUUUUAAGCUUUCAAAAAACACACAAAAGGCUCUUACUUCAGUGGAGUUUUGCCGCUUUAUUUUUGCUUUCACACAAAUGGCAUUUCAGCGUAUUUUCUUGCACCUUGAAUUGAAUGGAUUCAAGAUGUGAGGUUUGUAUUUUGUAUUUAAAGCCACGAAUAAAAGUCUUGCUGAAAAACAUUGAA